AUCUCAUAUUUGCCGACCCCAAAAACUAGGUCCAAUUACAAGCCCAAUCUCCUUUCUCUCUCCUCCCCUUUCUUCUCUCUCCUUCCCAAACCCUAGAUCUGGUCGCCGGAAAUCGCCCCGCCGCCUCCGAUUCGGUCGAACAACCCGAAUUUUCGUCUGGGAGUCCGAUUCGGAAACUCCUCUUUUCGCUGGAACAUUUAAAUCAUAUAGCAUUCUCUUAAGAUGGAGGUGGAAAGCCCUAAUGAAAUAAUGAAUAAUGAACUUGUCCCAGUAGAUGAUACCCAGUCCAUGGAGACAGAGAUGCAACUCGACCUUUUAGAGCCUGAAGCCAACCAUUUGGAAGAGCUGACACCGAGCAUUGUUGAGGCGAUACCUACUAAACGUAGGAAAAAGAAGUCGGUUGUCUGGGAACAUUUCACUAUCGAAACAGUAUCAGCUGGUUGUAGGAGGGCAUACUGUAAGCAAUGCAAACAGUCAUUUGCCUACAGCACAGGGAAUAAGGUUGCUGGGACGAGCCAUCUCAAGCGUCACAUUGCAAAGGGGACAUGUCCAGUGGUACUGCGUAACCAGGAGAGAAAUAACCAGUCCACCCCUUACAGCGCCCCUCCAAAGAUGAGCUCCUUUACUGAUACGCCGAAGCGACGCUACCGGACAGCUUCUGUGCCAUACCUUUCCUUUGAUGCUGAUCGCUGCAGACAUGAGAUUGCUAGGAUGAUUAUCAUGCAUGACUACCCACUCCACAUGGUUGAACACCCUGGUUUCAUGGCAUUUGUUCAGAAUUUGCAGCCUCGAUUUGAUAUGGUGAGCUUCAAUACUGUACAGGGAGACUGUGUGGCUACUUAUCUCCGUGAAAAAGCUAACAUCCAGCGUGUGAUUGAGGGGGUACCUGGACGGAUUUGCCUUACACUGGAUUUAUGGCCUUCGUCCAGAACUGUCGGAUACAUGUUUGUAAGUGGACAGUUCAUCGACAGUGAGUGGAAGAUGCACCGGAAACUUCUCAAUGUGAUCAUGGAGCCUUAUCCGGAAUCAGCUACUGCUUUCAGCCAUUCUGUUGCUGCUUGCCUGUCUGAUUGGAAUAUGGAUGGCAAGUUAUUUUCUGUAACCAUUAAUCAACCAUUAAAUGACGCUGCCACAGACAAUAUGAGAGCUCUGCUAUCUGUAAAGAACCCGUUGGUGCUUGACGGCCAAUUGUUGGUUGGAAAUUGCCUUGCUCGUUCAUUGAGCAAGAUUUUCGAAGAUGCAGUAAUUUCUGUGGAUGGCCUUGUCAAGAUGGUAAGAGACAGUGUCAAGUAUGUGAAGACGUCUGAAUCACGUGAGGAGAAGUUCAUCGAGCUCAAACAGCAACUUCAAGUGCCUAGCGCUAAGACUCUUGCUAUCGAUGACCAAACUCGAUGGAACACGACUUAUGAAAUGCUGCUGGCUGCGUGGGAAUUGAAGGAAGUAUUCUCUUGUCUCGAUACUAUGGACCCUGAUUACAAGGACACCCCAACAGAAGAGAAUUGGAAGCAAGUGGAGAUACUCUGCACUUACUUGAAACCCCUCUUCGACACAGCUAAUCUUCUGACAACAGCAGGUUCUCCAACAACGAACACCUUCUUCCAUGAAGCGUGGAAGAUUCAGUUGGAACUGGCGCGCGCUGCGUCCAGCGAAGAUCCAUUUGUAAGUACUCUGACAAAGUCAAUGCAAGAGAACUUUGACAAAUACUGGAAGAGCAGCUGUUUCAUUCUGGCAAUUGCUGUGGUCAUGGAUCCACGGUUCAAGCUUAAACUCGUGGAGUUCAGCUUCUCGAAAAUAUAUGGCGACGAUUCUGCCUCGUAUGUGAAGAUCGUUGAUGACGGGAUCCACGAGCUGUUCCAUGAAUACAUAGCUCUCCCCCUGCCUCUGACUCCUGCUUACGCGGAGGUGGUGAAUGGCCAAUCUGCGAAGCCCGAGGAUCCUCAAGGAAUAGGAAGCAACGGUCUAGGAUUGACAGAUUUCGACGUUUACAUUAUGGAGACAACGAGCCAGCUUUCCAAGUCGGAGCUGGACCAGUAUCUGCAGGAGUCGUUGUUGCCACGUGUCCACGAAUUUGACGUGGUGGGGUGGUGGAAGGUGAACAGGAUGAAGUAUCCAACGCUCUCGAAGAUGGCAUGUGAUAUACUGUCGAUUCCAGUUUGUACGGUGCCAGCGGCGUCUGUGUUCGACACUGUAAGGAAGGAAAUGGAUAGCUACAGGUGCUCGUUGAGGCCGGAGACGGUGGAGGCCCUCAUCUGCGCCAAGGAUUGGCUUCAGACGGAGACCAUUGAGGCUCCGGUAGCACCGGUGAAGGUGGAAGUUCCAAUUUAGUGUAGUGGUGCUAUAGGUAGAGGUGCUAUUUUUCUUGGAUUGUUGAAUUGAAUGAUUCUAUCACUGUUCAAAACUUAUUUUGUACAAUACCUCAAAACAUUCGUAGAUUGAUUAUUGUAUUGUUAUAAUUUUAUGUAGGAAUGAAUGUGAUUUGAGUAGUUGUA